GGAGCGUGUGGGUGACCGUGGCGGCUGGCGAGCGUCGUCUGUCUCCUUCGUUGUCCGGGACUGCUCCGAGAAGCCAGAGAUGGCCGGGAAAGUUCUGGAAACCAUCGGGAAGUUUGGACUCGGGCUGGCCAUCGCCGGAGGGAUCGUGAACUCGGCGCUUUACAACGUUGAUGCUGGGCACAGAGCAGUGAUAUUUGAUCGAUUUCGUGGAGUUCAAGAUCUGGUUAGUGGUGAAGGCACACAUUUCCUUAUUCCAUGGGUACAAAGACCAAUCAUUUUUGACUGCCGAUCACAACCAAGAAAUGUUCCAGUUGUCACAGGUAGCAAAGAUUUACAGAAUGUAAACAUCACACUGCGUAUUCUCUUCAGACCAGUGACUGACCAGUUACCCAGGAUUUACACCACCAUUGGUGAAGAUUAUGAUGAGAGAGUCCUGCCAUCUAUCACAACAGAAAUCCUGAAGUCUGUUGUUGCCCGGUUUGAUGCUGGUGAGUUGAUCACGCAGAGAGAGCUGGUAUCCAGACAGGUUAGCGAAGAUUUGACAGAGAGAGCUGCUACUUUUGGACUCAUCCUGGAUGAUGUGUCAUUGACUCAUUUGACCUUUGGCAAAGAGUUCACAGAGGCUGUGGAGCUGAAACAGGUUGCACAACAGGAAGCUGAGCGAGCCAGAUUUAUUGUAGAAAAGGCUGAGCAACAGAAGAAAGCAGCCGUUAUUGCUGCAGAAGGGGACUCCAAAGCUGCAGAACUGAUCGCUGACUCCCUCUCACAAGUCGGGGAUGGUUUGAUUGAACUGAGAAAACUGGAAGCUGCUGAAGAUAUCGCCUUCCAGCUCGCAAGGUCCCGCAAUGUAACCUAUUUACCAUCCGGUCAGUCAACAUUACUCCAGCUGCCCCCACAUUAACAAAGACCUUUGUCACGAUGUGUUGUGUGUCCAAAAUAGCUAAACCUUUUUAUAUGUAUGUCCUUCCUCUCAAUACAAUUUUUUGUACCAAAACAAAAAUUGUAUUGGUAGACCAGGGUGAGAAAGAAUUACAUUAGGAAAAAUAGAUCAAUGAUUGGUUCAAUGUUUAAUUUUUUUCAGCAUUCUUUCCGAUGUGCUGUGAUUUGACUUUUUAGUCAGCUGUGGUUGAUGAGGUUUAUUCUCUCUGCUGAGGGAAUUGCCAGAUUUAAAAAAACAUUCAAAUGACCAAGAUCCAAAGUUAUGUUAUCAAAAUUUUUUUUAGAAAAGUACUGAAAGCUAUAUUCACACAAAAUAAUGUGGAACAUUGCAGAAUUUAAGUAAUAAAAGUUAGUGUGGAGCAAAAUGAUACACAUUGUGUUAAAGCAUGGUGUAAAAUUGAAAUGUGGAUUAAAAUCAAUGAAAGCAUGAAAGUAAUGAUUGUUCCUUCAAUACAAAAUGCUGUAGAAUUUCUGUAUCUAUUCUGUGCUUUGAAUAGCCAGUCUGAAAAAUUGUAUUUAAUGACUGUUGUAAUGGAUGCACAGGUAAUUUGUUUUUUAAUUCAAUAAAUAUACUGAAGUCACUAA